AUGGGUGAGAGAAUUGAGAGGCUGAAACAAGUUGCUCAAUGUGGUGAUGUUGACACACUGUACGUGUUGAUUCAAGAGGAUGCUUGUCUUUUGGACCACAUUGAUCAUUUUCCUUUUUUUGAUACUCCUUUACACAUAGCUGCGUGUAAUGGGCACAUACCUUUUGUCAUGGAAAUGAUGAGAUUAAAACCGUCUUUUGCUAGAAAGCCAAAUCUAGAAGGGUUUAGCCCCAUUCACCUUGCAUUACUAUAUAAGCAUACCGAAAUGGUGAGUCGUCUUCUACAAGUCGAUGGUGACCUUGUCCGUAUAAAAGGAAGAGAGGGUAUUACUCCUUUGCAUUAUGCAGUAGUAGUAGAUGAUCAACUUGAUCUAUUGGCUGAAUUUCUCUCAGUCUGUCCCGAUUCUAUUGAAGAUGUGACGACUCGAAAUGAGACUGUUCUGCAUAUAGCUUUGAAAUAUAAUAAGUUGGAGGCUUUUAAAUUCUUGGUGGAAUGGAUUAGACAAAAAAGGUCUAAGAAUUCCAUAUUUUGGGAGAGGAAAAUCUUGAAUUGGAAGAACGAGGAAGGCAACAUUGUGUUGCACAUUGCAAUAUCCAAGAAUCAACCCGAGGCUGUGAGGUUGUUAUUAAAAUCUGGUGUUGAUAUAAACGCAAAGAAUUUAAAGGGUUAUACAGCAGGGGACAUCUUGGUAGAACAAACACAAGCAGAAAACAACAACGAGAUCAGGGUUAUUCUACAGCGUGCUGGAGCUUUGUUAGCUAAUUCAUCUCCUCCUGAUUAUAAUUAUUCACGUUACCUACGUUCCAUAGUCUCAUCUCUUGAGGAAUCACUAAUACGCCGCUGUCGUAAAUGGAGGAUUUUAUCAGAGGACAAGCGCAAUGCACUUCUGGUGGUUACUACACUGCUUAUAACAGUGACCUAUGAAGGAGUACUCAACCCUCCUGGGGGAAUUUGGCAAGAAGACUUCAGUAUAAAUGGAACCCAUUGGUCCAAUGUCAUGAAACCCAACCUAAGUUUCAACAAAAAUGCUACUCUUUCCGGAAAGAUUGCAGGGACUCCCAUUGGCCUUAGACUUCUUCCUUUUUGGUUGUUCUUAGCUUCAAAUUCUGUGACAUUUAUGUUCUCAUACCUGCAUGAUUCAAUGCUGAUUCAUUCAUGGAAGAAGAAUUGA